GCACGCCGGGCGCGCUCUCAGUACGCGCGCGCCCUCGCCAUGGCUCGCUGGCUAAAGGCCCUGGCGGCCGUGUUCCUCCUCGCCGCCGCCGCGACCGCCGCGCGCAAGUCGCCCCCGAAAGCCGAACCCCAGAUCGAGGAGGUUACCGCCAAACAGUUGGAUCGAGUGCUGGAAGAUAAGGACUUCGUCGCGGUGUACUGGUAUGCUCGAAGCUGCGUGACAUGCGACAAAGUUCUAGAAGAGCUAGAGAAGAUAGACGACGACACAGACACGUUCGGGGUGGACUUCGUCAAGAUCAACGACAAGAGGCUCGCCAAGCAGUAUGGCAUCACGAAAUUCCCCGCCCUCACGUACUUUCGUGAGAAGGAACCGAUCAUUUACGAAGGAGAUCUUAUGGACGAAGAAAGCGUCCUGGAUUUCCUGACGAGUUUAGAAGCCAUGGACCUUCCGGACCGGAUAGAGGAGGUAAACCAGAAGAUUCUGUCCAAGAUCAUCGAGGACACGGAUUACGUUGCCGUUCUCUUUUGUCCUGAUCACAAAAAUUGCGGCCCAUCGAACAACAAGCCUGAAUGCAAGAAAUGUGCGAAGGCGCUUCAAGAGCUGGAGAACAUCGAUGACGAAGCAGACCAGCUGGGAAUCGGGUUCGUCAAGAUCCACGAUGAAGAACUAGCCGAGGAGUACAGUCUUGGAGAGUUGCCAAGACUGGUGUACUACAGGCAUGAAAUACCAAUUAUCUAUGAAAGUGAGUUGAGCAAAGAGGAAGAUGUGUUGGAGUGGCUGAUCGCCAACAAGUCCACCGGAGACGAAGAAGAUGUAAUCGAAGACGUCACAGCCAAGACCCUCAAUACCCUCAUCGGCAACGUGGAUAACCUUGUUGUUGUCUUCUAUGACCAUGGUGACGAGGAAUCAAUGACAGUCCUUGGCGAGCUCGAAAACAUCGAUGACGACUGCGACCGCCACGGCAUCCAGUUCGUCAAGAUCGACGACGCCAAGGCCGCCGACUCCUUCGGCAUCGACAACAUCCCCUCCAUCGUCUACUUCGAGAAGCAGAUCCCCAACGUUUACGACGGUGACCUAGAAAACGAGGAAGAAAUCCUGGAGUGGCUGGUCGGCCAGUUGGAGAAGGACGAGAUAGAAGACGUCACCGACGAGAUGCUGGACAAGUUGAUCAAGGACGGGAAAACCGUUGCCGUGCUAUUCUAUGACAAUAACGAUCGCAAAUCUCAGAAAGUAUUAGCAGAACUUGAGAACAUUGAUGAUGAGUGCGAUGCCCUUGGAAUUGCAUUUGUUAAGAUCGAUAAUGAUGAAGAAGCCAAAGAAUACGGCAUUGAAAAGAUCCCUACUCUUCUGUAUUUCGAAAAGGGUAUCCCGACUUAUUACGAAGGAAAUCUUGAAGAAGAAGAAAAAGUAUUAGCUUGGCUCAGAUAUCAAGCGGAGAGCGACGAAAUUGAGGACAUCACUGAUGAAAUGCUCGACCUCAUCAUCGAAAAAAUGCCUUACGUCGCUGUCCUGUUCUACGACAAGGACCAGAAGAAAAGUCAAAAGAUCCUUUCUGAGUUGGAGAACAUCGACGACGAAUGUGACCAAAAUGACAUCGCCUUCGUCAAAAUCGAUGACGAUAAAGAAGCAAAGGAAUAUGGUAUCGAAUCCAUUCCAACUAUGGUUUUCUUCGAGAAAGGCAUUCCUCACAUCUAUGAAGGCGAUCUGAUGAAAGAAGAUGAAUUACUCGGAUGGUUGCUGCAUCAGAAACGACACAGUGAAAUUCCUGAAGUCACCGAUGAGAUGAUGGACAAACUGAUAGAAAGCACACCAUAUUUGGCCGUUAUCUUUUACGACAAAGAUGACAAACAAGACAUUAGGAUCCUCAAUGAACUAGAAAACAUUGAUGAUGAAUUAGAAAAGGAAGGUAUCGUUAUUGUGCGAAUGGACAACGAGAAUGAAGCUAAAGAAUUCGGUAUCGACCAUCUGCCGACUCUCGUAUACUUUGAAGAGAACAUCCCCGCUAUCUAUGAAGGUGACCUGAUGAAUGAAGAUGAAGUGUUGGAGUGGCUUAUUGAGCAGAAGAACAGCGCUACAAUAGAGGAGGUUACUGAUGAGAUCUUGACUGAUCUUAUCGAAGAGCACGAAUACGUGGUCGUUUAUUUCAGCGGCAAUUGCGAAGAGGGCGACGAAUGCGACAACAUCUUGGAUGAGCUCGAGAACAUCGACGACGAACUGGACGAGACGGGCAUCAUCUUCGUCACCACCGAGGACCUGUCGCUCGCCAAGAAGUACGGCAUCAAGACCUUCCCCACACUCGUGUUCUUCAGAAACAAGGACCCCCUCAUCUACAAGGGUGACAUCGAGGACGAGGACGAAGUGCUGUCCUGGCUGACGGAUGAAGACACCCUCGAGAUCCCCGGCAAGAUCGAGGAGGUCAACUCCAGGAUGCUGGAGAAGAUCCUCGCCGAAAACGACCACAUCGUUGUCUUUUUCUACAAGGAGGGCGACAAGAAAUCUCAAAAAGUACUCAGCGAGCUUGAAAACAUCGAUGACGAGUGCGAAGAGAAAGACAUCGAUUUCGUCAAGAUUUCUGAUGAAGGAGUGGAAAAGGAAUACGACCUUUCUGAACUCCCGGCUUUGGCUUUCUACCGCCACAAAUUCAGGACCAUCUACGAAGGCGAUCUGAUGCAUGAAGAAGAUAUCCUGUCCUGGGUGUUAGAAUUAGUUGACUCUCAGCCUGACGUCAUUGAGAGUGUAGACAGGAAAACUUUGAAGGAUCUAAUUGCUGAUGUGGAACAUCUUGCCGUCUUCUUUUACAGUGAUGACUGCGACACCUGCGACGACGUUCUCGAAGAGCUGGAGACAAUAGAUGACGACACGGACAAAUACGAGAUUCAGUUCGUCAAGUCCAAGGACUCCAAAUUGGCUUCGGACAUUGGCAUUUUCAGUUUCCCAGCUCUGGUAUACUAUGAGACCGGCGUACCGAUUAUGUACGAUGGUAACUUACUGGAUGAGUCAGAGGUACUGGAAUGGAUGGUCAAACAAAAAGAAGAUGAAAGUAUUGAACAUAUUGAAAGAGAAAAGUUGUUCAAAUACAUUGAAACAAAAGAAUUCUUAGCAGUUGUUUUCUAUAAAGAAGAAGAUCCAGAGAGCCCGCGUAUCCUGAGGUACGUGGAGUUAAUUGAUGACGAAGCUUCGGAGUACGGCAUCAAAAUAGUAAAAUGCAGCGAUCGUUUAAUGGCCAAGAAAUACGGUUUCCGCAAUCCGCCCGGCAUCACGUACUUCAGAAAGGGCAAAUAUAUCAAUUACGAUGGAGACAUGGAUGACGAGGAAGAAAUAUUGGACUGGUUAACCAAUCCGGAAAACAUGGAACUUACGGAUCACAUAGAAAAAGUCAAUCGUAAAAUGUUUCAGAAGAUACGACAGACGUCCGAUUAUGUAGCAGUAUUCUUUUACAGUAAUGACUGCAAACAGUGUCCCAGAGUGCUGCAGGAGAUAGAGCACAUCGACGAUGACGCGGACGGCGCCGGCAUCAACUUCGUCAAGAUUGACGACAAACAGAUGGCCAAGGAAUUCGGAGUAUUUGCUUUACCCGCCGUGUUAUUCUUCAAGUUGGGAGCUAAAGAGCCCGUCAUUUACGCUGGCGAUCUAUACGAUGAACAUCAAUUAUUAAACUGGUUGUUGACUCAAAAGAACCCAGCAGGUGAUGUAAUUGAAGCUCUCGAGGGCAAAGAUUUACUCAAUCUGAUAGAAGAAGAAGGAUCUCUUGCUGUGUACUUCUAUUCACUCGACUGCGAGCAAUGUGCUGGAAUCUUGGAAGAACUGGAGAACAUAGAUGACGAUUGCGACAGGCAUAAAAUAAAAUUCGUGAAAACGCAAGACUAUUCUAUAGCGGAAUCUUAUGGAGUUACUGACUUCCCAGUGUUGGUAUAUUUCGAGAAUAAUGUCCCGAAUGUGUACGAAGGUUCUCUGUCGGAGGAGGAAGAAGUUCUGCAAUGGUUGAUAACACAGAAAACUGAAGACCGAAUUGAAUUGAUAACCAGAGUUAUGCUGGAAAAUAUGGUUGAAGAAACACAGUACUUGGCAGUAUACUUUUACAAAUUAAACUGUCAUAUUUGCGACGCUAUACUCGAAGGCCUAGAGCAAAUAGACGAUGAAUGCGACGUUUACGGAAUUCAUAUGGUGAAAAUACAAGAUCCACAAUUAGCCAAACGAUACUCUAUCAAGACCUUCCCGGCGAUGGUAUACUUCAGGAACGGCAAUCCACUGCUGUUUGAAGGUGAUCUGCAGAAUGAAGAAUCAAUUCUCGAAUGGCUUAUUGACGACGAUAAUCGGGAGCUUGCAGAUGAAAUUGAAUCCGUGAACGAGAGAAUGCUGGAAAGGCUUCUAAUCGAAUCACAUCUACUCGUUGUUUUCUUUUAUGAUGAUGAAGACUGUCCCGAAUGCGAAGAUCUGCUAGAAUCUCUAGAACAAAUAGACGGUGAAGUGGAUCAAUUUGGUAUCGAUUUUGUGAAAAUUGCCAGUCCAGAAGCGGCCGCGAAGUACAACGUCAUCAACAUACCUUCUCUAGUAUAUUUCCGUAAACAAGUACCCAUGCUCUAUGAUGGUGACAUCCACCAAGUUGACAAGGUUCUUAGUUGGCUAACUUCUCAAGACGUUUUUGAAAUUAAAAAUGAAAUUGAGGAGGUCAACCGCAAAAUGUUGGAUAAACUACUGGAGGAAAACGAAUUUUUAGCUGUUUAUUUCUACGAAAAAUCACAAGAAAGUCGCGCUGUAUUGGACAAAUUGGAGAAUAUUGACAGCGAAACAGAUAACUUGGAUAUAACUUUUGUGAAAAUGGAAGACCCGCGAUAUGCAAGAAAAUGGGGUGUCACUAAAUUACCAGCUAUCGUGUACUUUAGAAAGAGAUUCCCUAGCAUAUAUAGAGGUGACGCAAUGAACGAAGAGGAAGUGCUGGACUGGCUUCGGAAGAAUCGAUUUAGACAGCCAGAGCUAAACAUAUUCAUGUACGCUCUGAUAGCGCUCUCGAUAGCGUUCGUGAUGUACACGGCGUUCCUGUUGCAGUGCUUCAAGCCCGCGCCGCCGCCGCCGGCGCCGCAUCCGAAGCAGGCGUGAGACAACACUACGUUUCUAUUAUGAUUGUGACUUAUCCGCCUUCAGGCUUGGAUUUCUUACCAUGACUUUGACAUAUGAUAUGAUCCAAACAUUCAACUAUUUUCCAUCGAGUUGACAAUGGAUCAAAUAAGAUUAGACAAUUUACAAGUUCUUGGGAUCAAACAUUUUCUUUGAUAGACGUUUUAGAAGAUAAUACGAAUUAAUAGAACUCGAGUUGAUAAAGCACUACUGGAUUGACAAUAGGCUAAGUUUUCUAAGAGUACUUUGGUUUUGAAAUCUUUUUCACCAUUCUACUAAUUAUGACAAUAUUCGUGUAAGUUUUUUAUUUCUAGCAUUUUGAAAAUGUUGUUGUUAUCUUCCUUAAGACUGUUCGUAAUCUUCGCGGUAGUAUUACCUGUAUGGAUCUUAGUGUGCGAUGAACCAUUUUCCAGUAUUUCUCUUACGGUAGAUUGAAUUGAUCCUAUAUUGAUAACUAUAAUAACCUUCUUAUUUUCGUUGUCUUUGAUAAGUUUGCGUUUGAGUGAUUUAGAGCUCCUCAGCAAUGUCAUUUAUUGAAUAUCGUCAACUUUAUUUGUUACUUUGACGGUUGUUUAAAAAAUAUAUAUUUUUACGUGACAUUGCUUUCGAGCUUCCUUCCAGUGACUGCCUAACAGGCGGGAUCUUGUCAGCAUGUUACUACAAUACUUAAAGUAAGUUAUGGUUAUUCUAAGUGACCCUCCAUUUAGUAUAUUAUCUACGUCGCCUCCGUUUUGAUUUUGUGUAAUUUUAGACACAAUAUUUCCUACUACUCCUGCUAAUGCUUCGUGUAUUUGGUAACUUUUUUAUAUCGAUGAUCCAGCUAUAAUCGUAGACCAUUCAGGUUAGCUUGAUUAAGUUUAAAGUAUAGUAGUAGCAUGCCCGAUAUUCUCUGUAUCAUUCCCGCUAUUAUAUGUAUAAUUAUAAUGAUACCGUCAUAAAGGAACGAUAAGGGAAGCAUUAAGCAGUUACGAUAUGUUAUAUGCUCAAAAGAGUCUGCGCGGAAAGAGGCGCGCGCGUUCGAUGAUAAAAUUGUAUAUAAAAUGUACAUAAUAUAAAUAAAAAUAGUAAAAGUUGGA